AUGGCAAGUAAGGUGGCCAAAAUCCAAAAUCGGCCACUAGUGUCCAAAACCCAAAAUCGGCCAUUAGUGACCAAAACCCAAAAUCGGCCAUUAGUGACCAAAACCCAAAAUCGGCCAUUAAAGCUGCCACUUGUGGACAAAACCCAAAAUCGGUCACUAGUGUCCAAAACCCAAAAUAAGCCACUAAUGGCUACAAUCGAAAAGCGGCCACUA